AUUUCCUGUCGGUAUAUAUAUAUGUGUGUGUAUAUAAAUAUAGUAGUCAAACUGACCAGAAUCCGCUGCCUGAAGUUUGGUUUGUUUAGGGCGGUAACUGUGAGCUGAGAUGUCUGUGGUACCAUCUAUAUUCAAAAUACUGACAUUAUGUUCAGCACUUUCUCUUUUGACGGGAGUAACGUCGUGUAAUUGUCCAGAGGACGAAUGCAUGAGGAUAGCUAACACCAGGAAGAGAUGUGAGUGUUGUGUUUUCGUUUUCCUUGGUAAGCGAUCUGGGGGACCAUCAAAUUCUGAGUUCAGCAGAGAGGAUCCGAGUGAUCAUAUCACAAACAAGAGGACUCCCCAGUCUGCUUCAUCAUUAUACGUGGUUUUGACGGAUCUAGCAAGUUCGUCGCAAAACAAUGAAUUCAAUGGACACACAUCGACAUACCAGGAUAGAACGGCCGCAUCUUCUCCUAUGGUUCAGCGUUAUGUCCCCCGUGUGUUCGGGGAGUACUUUAAUGAUCGGUCGGGCCUGUUCAGACACAUUACCGAAACAUCGAACAUGGCCUAAAGAACUCCAGAAAGCACUAUUCCAAAAUCAAAUGUUUUUAUCGAGAAAUCUAGAAUUUUAAGCUCAAAAAUUUCAAUUUCAGAAAUCAUCAAAUCUUGAACAUGUCAAUGGUAGCAAAAGGUCUCACUUCAGGACAAGCGAAAGUGUAAUUACUCUUACUCUUAGGAUUUAUGUCUCAGUUCAGGACAAGUAAGAGGGUAAUUAUUUUUAAGAGUUAUGUCGAGUGGUGUAGUCAUUACGUAUGUGGAGCUGUAGUUAACAAUUAAAGGAACGAACAUGCAAGGAAUUGUUUUAUUGGUGAUAUUGUACACAUGAAGUCUUGUUCGUAACAUUGCUACAUGUUGAAUAUGAAUAUAAGCCUC